UGUUUAUACACACGAUUUGAAAAUAAUUUUAUUGUUCCGGUAUUUUAGUCAUAUUAGUGUAGAUAUAUAUUAUUUAUUUAUGUGAUUUGAAAGUGUUCUACAUGACUUUGUUGAAACUCAAAAGUGUACAUCAGCAUUCCAAAAUGGACUAUAACAAGAUUAACGGCAAAGAUUACAACCAAAUGUUUAUUGAAAACGAGACUCUUUCCAUAUCUGGAACUUCUUCAAGACGUCCAAGCAACGAAAGCGUCAAUAGCGUGAGCUUUCCUCUAGAGAGUUCACUUACGAGGGAACUUACACCGCAUCCAAAGCGAAACGACUCGACAACAAUAGAGUUUGUCGAUAAAACUACAAAAAUUAGAUCGAAGUCUUUGGUGAACAUUUCUAGAAGAAAUAGAAGUCCCAGUUUUGAUCAUGACGGCUUGGGGGAUAUUGAGGAGAGUCCUAGGCUCAAUGCUUACCGGAGAGGUAGUUGGCAACAGGAGAAUGGGGAAAAACCAAAAGCAGGAAAUUUCCUUUCUUCGGCAUUUGGAGCUCGGCUAGACAAUGAUGAAACUAUGACUUUGCCUGGCACUCCACUUCCGUCAUUGGUCCAAGACGAUACGCCUGAUGAGGAACCCACAUAUACUCUAUCCACAUCGGCAGCAACGCCUGCUGAAAAAUCCCAAAUUCUCGAUCCAGAUAGUCUGUAUUUCCGAGAUGGUAGGAGAAAAAUCGAUAUGGUUUUGGUAUAUGAAGAAGAAGAACUUGGCGUAAUGACCGAAGCUGAAGCUAGAAGAAGAGAUAACAGAAAAGUCUUUCAGGAAAACUUGGUGAAAGAAGGUCUCGAACUUGAACUAGAACACAAAGACCUUUCGUUCGACGGUAAAACUUGGUUCCUCAAAAUUCAUUUACCAUGGAAAACGAAAACCCGAUACGCAGCCUUAAUGGGGAUGAAGCUGCCUGUCAAAAGGUUUAUUACUAUUUCUGUUAAGGCUUGGGAUGACAAAAGAGAUCAGAAUAAAGGCAUGUCCAUGUGGCAGAAGUGGCAACAACGAUUAAGAAAUUUUUUCGAGUACAAUCAUAAUUUGAUCCCGGAGGAACCAUCGUUUUAUGAUGCUACAGAAGCGAGGGAUAGAGAAGAACAAUUUGUAGUGAAAGAUAGAACCACAAGUUAUUCCAGUGCACAAAGAAGUCUAGUAGUGAUGCAAAUAUUAUUAAGGGUUAAAUUUGACGACACUGACAGAGUUGGAAUCAGAAGAUUACUAAACAAUGGUACUUUCGUAGCCUGUUUUCCUUUACAUGAAGGCAAAUGGGAACAGGGAGAGCCUGAUGGCACUAUGUUAGAUCGGAGGUUGCUCUAUUUAGAAUGGGCAAAUUUCGGUAAAAUGCUCAAAAGACAACCGCUUAAUUUAGUUAAGAAAUAUUUCGGCGACAAAAUCGGCCUGUAUUUUUGCUGGUUGGGGUUCUACACUAAAAUGCUCAUUUCUCCUGCGAUCGUAGGCACUUUAUGUUUUAUGUAUGGUGUACUAACUAUGGACAGUAUGGACAAUACAGCAACGCAUGAAAUUUGUGAUCCAAAUGGUCCAGGAAAUAUAACAUUAUGUCCUUUGUGCGAUAAAGCCUGUGAUUAUACAAAACUAUUAGAUAGUUGCAAAUUUGCCAAACUCACUUACUUAUUUGACAAUCCUGCAACAGUAUUUUUUGCUAUUUUUAUGAGUCUUUGGGCAACUGUAUUUUUGGAGCUAUGGCAAAGAAAACAGAGCGUUAUACAGUGGGAGUGGGAUUUACAGGGUACAGACCAAGAUGAAGAACCAAGACCGGAGUUUGAAACAAGUGUCAAAACUUUUAGAACAAAUCCUGUGACUAGAGAAAAAGAACCAUAUCUUCCUACUUCUCAAAAAGUUAUUCGUUUCGUCAUAACAGGAAGUGCUGUAUUUUUUAUGCUGUUUGUAGUUUUAUUGGCAGUACUUGGGACAAUAAUAUACAGACUCUCUUUAGUAACGAUUAUCUAUGCAAGUGGCAGCUUUUUGCAACACCACGCUAAAAUUGUUACUUCUGUCAGCGCUGCUGUUAUCAAUCUUAUUUUUAUUAUGUCUCUUACAAGGGGCUACCAUAGACUGGCAAUAUACUUAACCAACUUGGAAAGUCCCAGGACUCAAACUGAAUACGAAGAUUCAUACACAUUUAAAAUAUUUCUUUUCGAGUUUAUGAAUUUUUAUUCUUCGUUGAUUUAUAUUGCGUUUUUUAAGGGUAGAUUUUUCGAUUACCCUGGUGACACGAUUAGCAAAAAAAACGAAUUUUUCAGAGUAAAAGGAGACAUAUGUGAUCCUGCAGGUUGUCUAAGUGAACUUUGCAUUCAACUAGCCAUUAUAAUGAUCGGCAAGCAAAUUUUAAAUAAUUUUGUGGAAAUAUUCAAUCCAAAAUUCUACAAUUGGUGGAGAUACAGAUCUCACAGAUCAAAUACCAAAGAUUUGUCUAGGAAGCAUACAAGAUGGGAACAGGACUAUCAUUUACAAGAUCCUGGAAGACUUGCUUUAUUUGACGAAUAUUUAGAAAUGACAGCAUUCCCAUUGGCCCCUCUAUGCGCUCUACUGAAUAAUAUUGCUGAAAUCCGAUUGGACGCCUAUAAAUUUGUAACUCAAGCAAGACGACCUCUAGCCGAAAGGGUUGAAGAUAUUGGUGCAUGGUAUGGCAUACUAAAGGCUAUAACUUAUGCGGCUGUCGUGUCAAAUGCUUUCGUGAUAGCUUAUACCAGUGACUUUAUACCAAGAAUGGUUUACAAGUACAAAUAUUCCCAAACUGAAACUUUAGUCGGGUAUAUUGACUCAUCUCUUUCAGUUUUCAACACUUCUGACUAUGAUGACGACAUGGGACCACCUAGAACAAGUCGUACACCUGAUAUUUGUCAAUAUAGGGGUAAUUUUGAUGCAUUGAUUAGUUGUUUGUCUAUAUAUAGUCCCUGGUUUUUUAAAGGCUAUCGAAAUGGUCCGAACGAAACUGAUCCGUAUGGUUUGAGUCCUCAAUAUUGGCACGUUUUUGCUGCCAGGCUAGCAUUUGUAGUUGUUUUCGAACAUAUCGUUUUUGCUCUUGUCGGUAUAAUGCAGUAUGUGAUUCCGGACGUGCCUUCUGAGCUUAACACUCAAAUCCAAAGGGAAACUAUGCUAGCCAAAGAAGCAAAAUACGAACACGGACUGAGAAAAACUGAUUAUGAUUACGACGACGUACUGAAUACUAUUAGGGAAAAUGAUAAUGCGAAUAAAAAUAAUGAUUCAAAAAUAGGUAUAAGAGGUUCUUGGGCAAGGAGACUCAGUAGAUUAUCUGAUGGUUUAGAUGCUCAUGUGGAAGUUGUAACUCGACAAAAGAACUCUGUAUCUUCGUCUACAGUAUGGGAAUGUUCUUAGUGAAACUGUUGACAACUCUUGAAUAAUUAUUAUUAAUUGUACAUUCUGUUUGUUUUCUCUAACACUUAAGUAUACAUUUUGUGCCAUUUGUUGUAUAAUAUUUAUUUUGUUAUUAUCAAUAAAGAUAUAUUAUUUA